AUGGAGGAGAUUCACCCACAACCUAUACCCUCUUCCAAUUCUCCAUAUCAACCAAAUCAAGAAAUUAGCAUUGUGAUGCAGUCUGAGGUUGAUGCCUUUCAACCAACGCCCCUCCACCUUGCUUCCAAAAAUGGAGACAUCGACACCGUUCGAGCUUUGUUGGAGAACAACAUGAGUGCUUGCUUGGUUUACGAUAACAACGGUUUCAUUCCUCUCCAUUAUGCAGUAAUUAAUGGACAAGUCGAGAUCAUGAAAGAGCUUAUUAGUGCAACACCACAAUCUAUUUGGAUGAAGCUCAACGAUGGUCGAACUGUGUUACAUUUAUGUGUAGAAAGUAACCAUUUAGAGGGUAUAAAGCUGCUUAUUGAAACGUUUAUGAAUCAGCAUGAAGGCUUCCUAAACACAACUGAUGACAAAGGAAAUACUAUUUUGGAUCUAUCAAUGAUGCUCGGACAAAAAGAGAUGGUGGAGUAUUUACUUUCGAUUCCAAAAUUAAUAUGUGGCACGAGCUUGACAAACUUCACAGCCUCAAAUGCUACGAAAGAAGGUCCGAAUUUACAACAGACCGAGACAAUAAAGCCUAAAAGACAAAAGAGAAAAAUUGUGUCGUCGUCCACCAAAAAGAUGAGAGGGCGGGUGAUCGUAUCGAGGAAAAGAUUGAAGUACAAAGGAGAUUGGGUUGGAGAAGUGCGAGGGACAAUUAUGUUGGUGGCUACAGUAAUUGCAACUGUGACUUUUCAAGCUGGAGUGAACCCUCCCGGUGGCGUUUGGGAACAAGACAUUUUAUACAAUUCCACUAACGGUAUAAACAAUCAAAAUGAUGAAAUGAACUAA